AUGACAACAAAGACGGGCGGCCUUCGACCGACUCUUACAGUUACUAGUUCAGUUAUUAUUUUGCGGAGUGGGGAUACUCGCCCGCGAGAGGGGAAAACAAAGACGGGCCUUCGACCGACUCUUACAGUUAUUAGGUCAGUUGUGCUUUGGACUUCGACGAGGGAACUUAGAAAAUUUCCCGGAGAACAUUCCUGCAAAUUAAUUUGUGAAGUGGGGAUACUCGCCCGCGAGAGGGGAAAACAAAGACGGGCCUUCGACCGACUCUUACAGUUAUUACUUCAGUUGUGCUUUGGACUUCGACGAGGGAACUUAGAAAAUUUCCUGGAGAACAUUCCUAUUAUUUUGCGGAGUGGGGAUACUCGCCCGCGAGAGGGGAAAACAAAGACGGGCCUUCGACCGACUCUUACAGUUAUUAGGUCAGUUGUGCUUUGGACUUCGACGAGGGAACUUAGAAAAUUUCCCGGAGAACAUUACUGCAAAUUAAUUUGCGAAGUGGGGAUACUCGCCUGCGAGGGAGGAAAACAAAGACGGUCCUUCGACCGACUCUUACAGUUACUAGUUCAGUUGUGCUUUGGACUUCGACGAGGGAACUUAGAAAUUUUCGAAGGAUGCUAUUCCAGCGAGAUUAACGAAGAAUAGACGCAAGUAUAUUUUCU